UGGUAUAUUAUGUACAUGGGAUGGUGAUGCGGUGUGGAGUGAGAGAGCAGCAGCAGAAUCUUGACUGAGAGUGGGCGUAAGAGUAAGAAUGGAACAAUUUGGCCAUUUUUAGGACGAUGUGAAGCGAAAGACGAUCACGCCUCCAUCUGAAUAACAUCUUCGGUCUGACUCUCACCCUUACUCAGCAAAAUUUCACUAAAAACAAAACCCCCACCCUUUAAUUAAACCAAAAACAACCACGAACACUCCACUGUUAGAAUUUUUGCAUACAAAGAAAAGAAAAAGAAACCAAUAAAAUAGCUUUGCUUUUCUUUUCUUUCUUCCCCUUCUUUUUUAUUUUUUUAAAUAAAGAAACAUAUGUAUUUUUUCAAAUUAUUUUAGUAUAUAUGGUUCAUACAUAGUUGUCUUCGUUUAAUUUUUUUCUUUCUUUCUUUUUUUUUUUUUUUUGAUUGUGUUUUUCGUUUUCUCCGUUGUAAUCUCGAGGCGCUUUAGUUGUAUCGUCGAUGGAGACAAUUUGAAUCUACAACGAACAUUUCUCAGUCUGUGGUUUUUAUUUUCUGGGGUCUUUCUCGCUCUUCUUCAACAACCACUUCUGAGAAGAACAAAAUAAAUAAUAAUAAAUAAAUUAAAAGAAAAAGAAAAAAUAAUGGCCGUGGUUGAGAAUGCUGGGCUGGAAUUGGGGAAAAGCGUGGGCUUGGCGUCAUCUAAUCGGAGCCUGGAAGUUCCGUCACUGGAAGCUUCCGGCCAUGCAGCUAACGAUCAGGAUCAACCGAAGCACGGCCAACUACGAAACCAUGUGGAUCCGAGCUUGAACCAGAACAGCAAUGCUCCAGUCAUGAGACCCCAUGAUCAGAGCCUUCAUAUGAAGAUCGGAGCCACCCAGGCGCGACAGGUGGGGCUGGUUCAUCAUCAGCAGCGAUCCAACGGUGGUGGGGAUUUGCAGAGAAAUGGGGAUCAUCAUCUGACGGAGAGCUUCAAGCGGGACAUGAGGGAGUUGAGGGAGCUGUUUUCUAAGCUAAACCCCAUGGCUGAGGAGUUUGUACCUCCUUCGCUUGCUAACAGCUUCGGAUUAAAUGCCGGAUUUUACACUAACAACAUGCUUUAUCACGAAGACAAUAACAACAACAACAACAACAACAACAGAAAUGGAAACAUCAACGGGCACAAUGGUCGACGGAGGAAUAAUCAAGGGAAACGAAGAAUGAAUAGCAGGACUAGCCUGGCUCAGCGAGAAGAUAGAAUUCGGAAGACUGUGUAUGUCUCUGACAUUGACCAACAGGUCACUGAAGAACAGCUUGCAGCUCUAUUUGUCACUUGUGGACAGGUUGUUGACUGCCGAAUUUGCGGUGACCCCAAUUCUGUACUUCGUUUUGCCUUUGUUGAGUUCACUGAUGAAGAGGGUGCACAAGCUGCUUUAAGUUUGGCAGGAACAAUGCUUGGAUUCUACCCUGUGAGGGUGCUGCCUUCUAAGACAGCAAUUGCACCAGUUAAUCCAACGUUCUUGCCUAGGAAUGACGAUGAGCGAGAGAUGUGUGCAAGAACUAUUUAUUGUACAAACAUUGACAAAAAGGUUUCUCAAGCUGAAGUUAAACUCUUUUUUGAGUCAGUCUGUGGAGAGGUAUAUCGCCUGAGGCUGCUAGGAGACUAUCACCAUUCUACUCGAAUUGCCUUUGUCGAGUUUGUAAUGGCUGAAAGUGCGAUUGCUGCUCUCAACUGCAGUGGUGUGGUUUUGGGUUCAUUGCCUAUAAGGAUAAGCCCAUCAAAGACGCCUGUUCGUCCUCGUGCUCCACGUCUUUCCAUGCAUCGAAUCUUAUGUUAAGCAACCCCAGACUGACUUACAAUUCCAGAUUAAAUAUUUAUAUUUAUAUAAUUUACACAUACCCCGUGUAAAGAUGUUUUUCAUAUUUCUGGUCAGUCAUAUAUAUAUAUAUAUAUAUAUAUACCUGUUCUCUCCUAUGCUUUGCCACAUGGGAUCGAUGUUAUCAUAGGUUUUGUUAAUGCUUAUUCAAGCAUAUAGAGUUGGACAGAACCUUGAGGCUUUUGGAAGAUUUUGUGCACUUUGGUUGGGAGUUUCCCCAAGAUUAAGCCCUUCUCUGCACUUUCUGACAUAUAAUUACCCUUUAAAUUAGUAUUUUGUUUACUUAAUGAAGCUGGACCUUUUUGUAUUUA